AUGGUUAGAGGUACGUGGAGAGGUACGCUCACGCAGCCGUAUGCGGUCAAGAUGUUUCCAGGCAUAUGGAACGCCCAUCCGCGGUAUCACAUGCGGACGGUGAUGGUCAAGGAGAACGACGUUGACGGUGCUUUCCAUCUGUUAAAUCGGCUGAUGGAGGUCGAGGGUCUUAUGAAAAUCAUCAGGAACACGCAAUAUUACCAGAAACCCUUCAUGCAACGCAAAGCCCUUUCGAUGGAGGCUUCGAAGGCGAUUUUCAACGAAGACAUGGCCAGCGGUGGGGAUCUGCCUGCCGAUGUGGUCAACUACAUGUAUGAGUAUGGCGCCUUUUUGAUAUUCAAGGAUUUUCCCGAGGGCAACGAGUUUGGCAUCGACUACAAAACGUUUAAGGUGGGUCCAAAAUUCAUGGGCGUCAAGAUGAUACCGCCCGGCAUUCACUUUGUCUACUGCAGUGUGAAAGGGGCUCCGCGGAUAGGGUUCUUUCACAACUUUGUCGCGCGUGAGAUUAUGGUCAAGAAGUGGGACAAGUCGAAGGAAACUUUUGUGGAGGAGGCCGCCAGUGAGGAUGAGGUCGAACGAUUUCGGGCAAACCUGAAGAACAUCGACGGAAUGUUGGGCCCCUAUCCUUAUGAGACUUAUAGAAAUUGGUAUGCGUUGACAGAUUUCGUGAACGUGGCGACGAUAAAUCGGGUUAAUCCUGAGAAAGGAAUGAUUUCGGCGCAAGCGGAGCUCGUCACGAUGGAAACCGCCUGCAUGGAGAACAGCGAUUUGAAUGAGGGCGCCGGGUGCUCGACUCGUGUGGAUCGUGACCAUCCGACACGCAUUCGAUUCGUCGACCAACAAGGCCUUCCUAUAAUGAAGAUCCGGCCCGGAUUCGAGAUACAAUUUGUCGAAAUUCCGCAACUGGCGAUCCCUAAAAAUCGGGCCGGGAUCGACUACACGGACCGUCUGAACAAAUUGUUGUCCAAGCAGCUAAAUGGAGACUGGAAGCAGCUGUUAGCCGAAUGCCAAUAUGCGUUCGCUUGCUUUUUAUUGGGCCAGGUGUUCGAGGGCUUCGAGCAGUGGAAACGGCUGAUCCAUUUGUUAUGCUCCUGUCCCACGGCUCUGCGCACGCACAAUGAUCUGUACCUCGCGUUUAUUCGGGUCCUAUACUUCCAGCUGAAGGAAUGCCCGCACGACUUUUUUGUGGACAUCGUCUCCAGAGACAAUUUCUUGACGACCACCCUCUCCAUGCUGUUUGCGAAUAUUAGAGAUCUCACUUCCGUGGAUGAUGUGCUACGGAAGAAGACGCAAAACUUCAAGCUGUACCUCACAAAAACCUUCAAAUGGGAUUUUGAAUGUGCG